CUCCCCUUCGAGCAACGUCCGUAUGCGAUAUCUUGUCUAAUAGAUACGCUUCUCAUGACGGCAGAUGUAGGCUUCCAAUACCUACAAAAGUUCGCGUUUGUCCAUAAAUGCAUGUAGGCGAAGAAUCCUAGGGGCAGUAGUAGGUAUUUAACCGCUUCGCCUCCAAUGGAUGGGGAGUAUCGUCGCGAAGCCAAGCGACAAUGUCGCGGUAACCCUGUCGCCGUUGACGGUACUGGAGCGGCAUGCCAUCGUCGACCACGACCAGCAUUGCAACCGCCAGCCCCUUUCAACUUCAUGUCCUUACCUUUAAUCCUCCAACAAACCAUCCUACUGUCCGCCGGGCGUGACUCUCGGGGCGCUUACCAAUCCUGCAAGGCAUUACGCAGCACCUUUCUUGACGGAAUGGACAAUCCCUGCUUAGCUGCGCGCUACUGCGUCGCUACGUGGGGGCCACGGUGUGCUGUCUUAGAGCUAUUGUCACACGCAGACGAGCUGCUAGCCAACACGCCACCCGCGGCCAGGGAGGAGCAGCUUGUUAGGGCCCUACGUGCGGCGGUGGUGGAGCAGGGAGCCAAGCUGGCGUCAGGCACUGCAGACAUCAUCUUACGUGCCAUCCACACCGGCUAUGUGGCGGUGCUGCAGGAGCUGCUCAGGCUGCUGGACGUGCCCGCCAUCGGCGCGGGUUUGGAGCUGGACAAGCGCACAGCGGCCGCUGUAGCAGCGGCGGCAGCGGUGGAGGGCUCUGCUGCAGGGCCGGCGGCAGCAGCAGCGGCGGGGCGUGCUGCGGGGCAGACAGUAGCAGCAGCAGCAGCAGCAACGGCAGCCACCCGAGGCGGCCUGCGUCUCCAUGUGGCCUCCUGCUGCUCUGUGAUAGCCAGUGGAGGGGUACAGGACGCACGCAUGAUGCGUGCGCUACUGCAGGCGGUCACGGUGCGGGCGGGUGUGCCGCUGCACGCCUCCACCUUGCAGGUGGCGUUGAGGAAGAGCAGCUGCAUGGGCGACCUGGCCACACUGCAAGAGCUUCUGGCGCUGCGACCGCGCUUGGACAGCUUGGACGGCGCAUUGAGCUUGGCGGCCAAAACGACCCAUGGGUCCAACGUAACACUACUGGUUGCAGCCGGCGCGCGGCCAAGUCGCGACACGUUUUACGCUGCGUGCGGUCCGGGUGUGCGCGAGGUCAUGCUGCCACUCGCGGCAGCUCUGCGUCGCAGCGGUGCAUGGAAUCAAGAGUCUGCGGAUGCCGCCUUGCGAAAGCUAUGCUGGCUUCGACACAGCAACGGGAUGCGAACCCCAGAGGAGCUUCGGAAUAAAGGCAGGUCCCUCGCAAUGCUGGUUUCGGAGUUCGGCGCCAACCCGCGCGCCGGUAACAGCACCUCGCUCGCGACUGCCUGCUGCCAAUCCUCCCGCUCCAAUCGACUCCUAGCCCACACACUUGUGCUGCUGGGGGCUCAGCCGGACGCGGCGCUGCGGCAGCUUUGCAGCUCGGAUGCUUCGUAUUCCCGAAUGGAUGUGAGGGGGGCUGUUCGGGAGCUGUUAGGGCUGGCGGGGGAGACAGAUGCGGGGGCGGCGCGGGCGCUGAUGGCGGCGUUGCAGCAGCGGCGGCGGGAGGGCACGGCGGUGGUCCGGGUGCUGCUGCAGGAGGGGGCGGUGGCGGCGGAGGACUGCCUGGCGCUGCUGCCGGAGGUAAGGAGGAGGCCUGCAGAGGGGCAAGCGGCUUGCAGUGGUCCGGUGCAGCAGCAGCAGCAGCAGCAAGGGAAUCAGCAGCAGCAGCAGCAAGGGGCCGGUGCCGCUCAGAGGGUUCGGCGCUGGGACUGGUUGUGGGAGGCGGCGAGGGCGGGGGCGCUGCCGAUUGCACCCAACCCCUGCGAGCUCCAGCUGCAGGCCUCAUGCCCCCGCGGAGGUCAUGGCGGUGGUGGUGCUGCGGCUGCUGCUACUGCGGCCGCUGGCAGCAAGGGCGGUGGAGUCAAGCGCGGUCGCGAGCAGGACCAGCGGCUACCCAGCCGCGGUAAGCGGGCUGCUGGUGGUGGUGGCGGCGGCGGCUGCAAAGCGGACGGUGGCAGCAGCGAUGGCGGCAUGCAGAGACAGGCAGGCGGCGCUAACGGGAACGGGAACUGCUCUGGCGGCAACACAGGCAGCGGCGGCAGAGGUGGCGGCGGUAGCUGCAGGAGCCAGGCUGGCGGCGGCAGGGGCAGCGCUGGCCGCCCCGGCGCGGCGGACCGUAACUCCUCCCCCUCCUCCCGGGCGCUGGAGCGGGCGCUGCUGGAGGCCUGUCGUGCGGGUGACGAAGAGGCGGUGAUGGAGCUGGCGAGCUGCGGUGUGGUGGGGGAGAGCGGCUGCGCGGCGGCGUACCGGGCUGCGGAG